CAGUGUAUGAACCAUCUCACUUGCCGUCUCUGGUAUUGCGCGAUUUUUAGGCAGCAGAGCUCACGUUGCUGGAUCUGCACGUGGAGGUACGUCAGUUUGAAAGUGGACUAAAGUUAACAGCGGUAUCACAUGUUUACUGUGCACGCAUAUUAGUUAAGGAACAUGUCGACGAAGGAAGAAGCCUCGCCGGGUGAAAACCUCCAGCAGGUCGAUCAGAGUCCGCCGGUGGUCACACGGACCCGCAGCGGACGCAGGGUGCGCACUCCGGCCGCGCUGCUCGACUCGCAAGUAGCAGGUCCGGUGAGGGCUCCCGGUCGUCGGACGAGGAGAUCAGUUCUCCAGGAGGAACUGGGUAAAAACACAAACGCAGAGACAGAAACAGAGAAGAAGGACGAGACCAAGGCGGAGCCCACACCUGUACCAUGCAGCGAGUCCGAGUCGACAGAGCCGUGCUCCGAGCCCGGCGGAGACCCGGAAUCGCUGCCGCAGGACACCAGGCCCGCACCGGUGGAGACGGCUCCCGCAUGCCCAGAUAACACGGCCCAGAGAGGCGGCAGUGCAGCGUCCAGUGGGAAACACAGUCCUGCUGUCCCGCUGGGGAAACCUAAAUCAGGACGAGUGUGGAAGGACCGCAGUAAACAAAGGUUCUCUGCGUUGGUAAGAGAUAAACCGUUGCGCACCUCUUGGGAAAAAAAGAUGGAGGCCAAGCGAGAGAAGGAGCUUGUCAAAAAGUACUCUUUACAACUUGUAGAGGAGAAGGCGAGAGCGAAGGAGGAAAAAAGGAAGAGGCGAGAAGAGAACUUGAAGCGGCGUGCUGAGAACGAACGCAAGGCAGAAAUUGUGCAAGUGAUUCGGAAUACAGCAAAGAUUAAGAGGAUGAAGAAGAAACAACUAAGGAAAAUUGAGAAGAGGGACACCCUGAAUAUACUGCAGAAGUCACAGCCUCCUAAAUCUAAAAGCUAAAAGGCAAAGGAGAAAUAAGGAUGGCCAUGGUCACGCUUUCAGCUGAAGUUUAUAAACAUCCUAAAAUAUUAAAAUAAGACUUUGUGUUUUGACUGUAACACUGCUUAUAUAUGCCAGCUCUGGACAAGUUGACUGAUGGGGGGAAAAGUUAUAACAAAGAAAAACAAGCUUUUUGAUGAUUAAUGUACACCUAAACACAAUGAAAUGCUUGAUAAGCAAAUGUUUCUUCAAUGAAAACAGAAAAAAAAAAAAAAAACAAGCUGCACAGCCUUCUAUGAUGGUGGUCAGGUACUUACUCAAUUUUAUAUCUAGAGUAGACCACCAAACAGUUAAAGCUCUGCCUUAAGUGUUUUAUUACCAGAUUUAUACAUUUUAUUGUACUGAUUUGCUAAGUCUCCCUCCUAUUUAAUCUUAGAGUACAUGUGAAAACAAAAUUUCAUGUAUUUGCAAGGUAAAAUAAUAUACAAGCAGUCAACUUUAUUUGUGAAUUUUCUACUUAAUACAAAGGAGGACUCAAGUUGAUCAAAUUGUCAUUAAAACAGAUUGCUGAAGUGUAACGGUGUGUUCAAAGUGCUACAUGCAGUUAAUUGUUGAGUAUCACACGAAUGUUAACUUAAAAAGUUUACAAAGUUAUCCAUGUCUUGGUAAAUAACACAAAAAUGGACAUUAAAUAUGCAAAUUUUGAAUGUGAUGUACUGGUAACUGCAAAUCUAACAUCUCUGGUUUGAAGAUAUCUCAAUAUAGGCAUGGUGUAACUCAAAUGGCCCUACAAAUGACAACUGACAGUAGAGAUGAGCCAUAAUAGUCAGCUAAUCAGUUAGCAUGGCCCUGCUUAAAAUACUCUUUAGUGUUACCGACAUUUUAAAGUAGACCACAGUUGCAAGCACCAAGGCAGAAAAAGGUGAGACAUUUUCAUUUCUCAGGGGACAUCAAAAAAGUCAGGACUCAUGGGGUUAAUUCUUAAUUGAUUCUCAACAGUUUUAGUAUUAGAGUACAGCGUAGCCUUUAAUGUAGUCUAUUGCCUUGUUCUUGCAGUGUUUGGUUUAUCAGUUUCCCAGCAAGAAGGACACAUGAGCGCCCCACCAAGUCAUGUAAAUCAGGAAUAGAGGUGGCAUUCAUUAACUACUCACUCAGUUACUAUGUUACCAUCAUGCAUCUCACAGCACAUGUGUUGGAUAGCAAGGCUAAUUAUAACUUUAAACAUACAAUUUUAAGUCAUUCUUCAGUAUUUAUUGCAGUUAUGUGUUUAAUCAUUGUCUGGUUUUGCUGUUUGACCACACGUGUGAUGUGACCACGCAAAUGGGGGUUUGGCUAUUAUUUUUCUAUUGUGAUACUUUUUUACUGGAAGAAAUUAACAAUAAAUAAUUUACAUGGGGUUA